CAACAGAUUUCCCGUGACUGCAUUUUCCCCAUUUAUUGUUAUUAUUAUUAUUAUUUUAUUUCAAUCGCAGGUAUUCUGUCAGUAGCUUUCAGAAGAGGCAACUCAACAACCAGCCAAUCAGUGCUGCGUCUCAGGAUCCAGGAGGGGAGCAUCACUUGGAGGAGCCGGAUGCAGCUCUGCAAGAAUCCAAACAUCCGUGGAUUUCUUUUGCAUGGAUUAUAAUUUGGAAGUACUUCCUUCCUGAGCUGGCAUCGCUCCUUUUUCACUCCCUGCCCACUAAUCCGGUCACACAGUGAAUUAUCACCCGACCUGUAUACGUGUCUCGGUAUUGCAGUACUUUUGGUGACGACUUGCAGUAUAAAUGCAUCGCUAGAAGAUCGGCUCCACUGCGCCAAGAGCCUCCGCCUCAGUUUACUCGUUGUACUUCAGACCCUCCUUCUCCUGCCUCACAGCCAGUCACCCCUCCUCCGCUGCCUGUGAGUCAGUUCAAACAGCUGCAUAGAAGAUGUCUGCCCCAGAUGCUGCCCCACCAGCUGGAGCUCCUGGAGCUCCAGGUGCCCCUGGCGGAGAUGGAGCCCCAGCUGGCGGACCUCCUGCCCCUCCCAAUACCUCCAGCAACCGCAGGCUACAACAGACUCAGGCCCAAGUGGAAGAGGUGGUGGAUAUCAUGCGGGUGAAUGUGGACAAGGUUUUGGAAAGGGACCAGAAGCUUUCAGAGCUGGAUGACAGAGCGGAUGCUCUCCAAGCUGGAGCCUCCCAGUUUGAAAGCUGCGCAGCCAAGCUAAAAAACAAGUACUGGUGGAAGAACUGCAAGAUGAUGAUCAUGAUGGGUAUCAUUGGAGUUAUUGUGGUUGGAAUCAUAUUCUUAUACUUCUUCCACUGAGCUCAGCUCAUCAGUACAGAUGAAUAUGGACUUGAGGAUAAUAUGAGAGGGGAGAGGCAAAAAAAACAAACCCAAGCGCUGCUCCUCAAUUUUGUCGGUCCUCUCCUUCCUCUCUUCACACAGUCUUCCAUCAAACCAUCUUGCACUUAAACAUUACAUUAGUGUUUAUAGAUGUUUCUGCUCUCUUCGUCCUCUUUCCCUCCCUUUCCUUGCUGCUUUCUUCCACUGUUUUGACGUAAACUCUUGCUCACUCUGCCUCUGCACCUCAUGUAUUAUUGAAGGACACAGCAGGCAGAGUCAAAAGAGGAAGGAAGGAAGAAAAGGAAAGAAGGUAGAGGGUGAAUCUGCGGGGCGCAGGAACACGUGGGGCUAAGCACGCUGGUGGGGGGUGUACAGAAGAGUUUGCAGUCUUUCUACACCGAGUACGCCAAAGCUUAUUCAUAUGACGUUUUUUUGAGAGUUCUACAUUUGUAAAUUGAUACUGACAUGCAUAACUAACACACAUCUUCUGUCUGCUGCUUCCACUGUUGCUACUUACUAACACAAGGUCAUGUUAGAUUAAGAUUAUGCUAGUUUCUGUUGUUUGUGCUUGUGUGUAUCUGUGAUCCAAAGCAUUGUAGCUAAAAGCUUUUUUCCACUUUUACCUGGUAGGCUUUGAUUGGUAUUUUUUUCCCUUUCCUGUCUAACUUUCACUCACUUAAGUCUUUUUUUCUGCAACCUCCAGUGAUAACAAGAAAAGAGAAAUGCAAAAUAGGGAAAGAGACUGUGUGAGAGUUUAGGAAAGGAGGAAGUGAUUCAGGGAAAGGUAGUAGGAGUACUGCAACACAUUUCUACUGCAUAAAUAGGUAAAAAUUUAAAUCCGGACUGAAAAACCAGAGUGUUUAUACCACAGGCAUAGAGGUGGCAUUGUAGUAAUAAUAUGCACAGCAAUGAAGUCACACGAGAUGGCACUUACAGACAAUCUAAUGAAUACAUGAACUAACUGCUUCAGUCCAGAGGAAGGCCUCUUAAUUCUGAUUUGCAGAGAGUCCCAGCCAUAGACAGAUGAAUGUGUAGCGUCACAUUUCAAACAGGUAGAGACACACAGUUAUUUUGAGAGUUGUGCUGUCAAAGUGUUUAAUUGUUGUUUAAGUUGUCCAGAAAGCAGGAAAAGAGGAGAGAGGAUAUGAUUUUGGAAACCCUGAGCCACCUGGCCGUCCCACCGUCGCUGCUGACUCACAUAAAAGCACCCAUCUGUCACCGGCAGUACGAUAACGGCCAGUAUGAAGCGUUUGUUUCUAACCUGCAUGGCAAACGGUGUCCGUAGUUUUGCCUUUUUGUGUAACCUGUGUAUCUGCCAUUUCUGAACCUUACUGCCGACUGUACAUUUUUUCCCUUAGUGGUUUAAAGGACCUAUGUACAAUGUCUUUCUGAUCUGAUAAUUACUGCUUAUGCAAUGCAACAAUGCUCAAGAGUUUGCCAACAUUUUGUUAAGAUCACUUGCGUUGGAGAGUAAAAUAAUAUCCAGAGACUGCAAACAAACUGCUACUAUAGUGAAAAAUGAAAACUUAGUAUUAGUCGUGUUGUAUGAGUAGAACCAUAGUACACAUCUGUCAGUUUACGCUCCUGAAAACAGGUUUAUAAAUUCUUUCAAGUUUUUUGACGGGCUAUAGGAUAUGAAGUUUAUUUUCCUUACUUUGGACUGAUAUUCAGGGUUGAUAAAACGCAAAGGGCAUUUAUGCAUAAUUGUAGCGGUUAGCCAAAAUUAUCUAAUGAUACUGUGCAGUAAUAUUAUUAGAUAAUUAACAUGGGACAGGAGAAGAUGUUUUGUGAUUUACAACUUGGAACUACUGGAAGAGAUGCAACUGGAUUUAGGAGAACAAAUGCAUGUUUACCACUUUUUGCUGAUGCCAAUAAAGAAAUCAU